AUGGCGCCAACAAAACCCCGCACCCUCCGCAUCGGCGUCGACGUAGGCGGGACCAACACAGACGGCGUGCUGCUGGACCCAUCCACGGCGCAGAAUCAGAUCCUAGCAUGGCACAAAUCCCCCACCACGGCGCCCGACCCGAGCGAGGGCAUCGCGCGCACCAUUCGCCAUCUGCUUGAUCAUCAUCAUCAUCAUCAUCAUCAUCAUAAUAAUAAUAAUAAUGAUUCCUCCGCAGUGCCAGUGGUGGUGGCGUCUGUGACAAUCGGCACCACAGCCUUCGUCAACGCCGUGGUCGAGCGGGACGCCGCGCGGCUGGACAAGGUCGCCGUCCUCCGGCUGUGCGGGCCGUUCAGCAAGCAUGUCCCGCCCUGUGUGGACUGGCCGGCGGAUCUGAGGCGGAUUGUGUUGGGGUAUUACGCGCUGGGGCCCGAGGGGGAGAUUGUGCGGGGUUUUUGUAAGGAGAUUAGGGCCCGGGGCAUCAGGGCUGUGGUGGUCAAUGGCGUGUUUAGUCCGAUUGAUGCGGUCGCGAGGCAGGAGGAGAGGGCGGCGGCGGUGGUACGGAGGGAGGUGCCUGGGUGCGAGGUGGUUUGUACCAAGGAGGUGGCGAAUCUGGGGUUUUUGGAGAGGGAGAAUGCUGCGAUCCUGAACGCGGCCAUCUUGAGGUAUGCGAGGAGGACGGUCGGGUCGUUUCAGAGGGCUGUGAGGGAGUUGGGCAUGACGUGUCCGGUGUUUGUUACGCAGAAUGACGGGACCAUCUUAUCGGCAGACAUGGCGGCGCGGCUGCCCAUCCGGACAUUCUCGAGCGGACCUACGAACAGUAUGAGGGGAGCGGCGUUUCUGAUUCAGGGUCAGGGUCAAGAGGGUGGGGAGGGAUCCGAAGGAGAGGCCAUGAUGGUCGUGGACAUUGGCGGGACAACGACAGAUGUUGGACUGCUGCUCCCGAGUGGGUUCCCAAGACAGCAGGCGGCGUACAGCGAGCUAGCUGGGGUGAGGAUGAACUUCUCCUGUCCGGAUAUCAAGAGCAUCGGCCUUGGUGGCGGGUCUAUCGUGAGGAAAGGACCGCCCAUGACUGUUGGCCCUGACAGUGUCGGGUACAAGUUAACCAAGGAAUCAGUUGUUUUCGGGGGGAAGACUCUCACGGCCACCGACUGCGCCGUUUGUGCAGACCCAAGUCUGAACAUCGGCAACCCGGAGCUGGUCAAGGGUUUGCUGACGGAACAUGAGCUCGCCGAGUUCAAAGCCGUCGUCCGAUCUAAGCUCGAGCGGAUCGUUGAUACCAUGAAAACAUCGCCAGCAGAUCUUCCGGUGGUCCUUGUGGGAGGCGGUGCAAUCAUUGCCCCAGCUCAGCUGAAGGGCGCAAGCAAGGUGCUCAAGCCGCAGUGGUCACAGGUCGCCAACGCCAUCGGCGCAGCCAUCGCCCGCGUGAGUGCUGUUGUCGAUACCAUCAGGUCUACAGAGAGGUGCACAACGCAGCAGUUGCUUGCUGAGCUUUGUGAGGAAGCCCUCGACAAGGCCUUUGCUGCGGGGGCAACGAGAGAGUCUGUCGAGAUUGUCGAGCAAGAGGCCAUGCCGCUACAAUACAUCGCAAAUAAAACCCGCUUCAUCGUCCGCGCGGUCGGGGACUUUGAUUUCUCCAGAACCGACCGCAACGAUGGCACCACUACAACCUCGCUUCAACCAGACCUCGAAACCGACGAAACAGGAUCUUCGCCUAGACCAGAAGCCCAGAUACCAGUACUAGUCCCCUCCCAAGAACCGCCGGCAGUGGACAUCCCCACCUAUCGCCCAAUCGUCCGCAACCGGGUGUGGUACAUCAACGAAACCGACCUCUCCUGGAUCUCCACGGGCUGUUACAUCCUCGGCACCGGCGGCGGCGGCUCCCCUUACCCCAGCAUGAUCCUGCUCCGGCAACUCCUCCGCGCCGGCGCCGUGGUGCGCGUAGUCAGCCCGGUCGACGUGCCCGACGACGGCGCCGUAGGCUGCGGGUGCGGCGCGGGCAGCCCGACCGUGGCCAUCGAGAAGCUGCAGGGCGACGAGAUGAUGGAAGCCCAGACCGAGCUCUACAAGCUCUUACCCGGACGACCCCCCUCCGACAAGAAGAACAGACCCACGCACAUGAUCGCGCUCGAGAUCGGCGGCGCCAACGGCCUGCAGGGGCUCACGCUCGGCGCGAGCGCCAACAUGGACCUGCCCUGCGUCGACGGCGACUGGAUGGGGCGCGCCUAUCCGACCAAGUGGCAGACCACGCCCGUGGUGUUCUCCCGUGAGGAACAACGGCGCAUCAUCUGGGCGCCCUCGUGCAUCGCCGACGGCAGCGGCAACGUGGUGGUCAUGCCGCGCGCGUCGUCCGACGCCCAAGUCGAGCGCGUCCUGCGCGCCGCCCUGGCCGAGAUGGGCUCGCAGGUCGCCGCGGCCGAUCCGCCGGUGACGGGCCGGGAGAUGAAGCGCUGGGUCGUGGAGAAUACGGUGUCGCAGGCCUGGCGGAUUGGGAGGGCGGUUGCGAGGGCGAAGGGGGAAAAUCGUCUGGAUGGUGUGGCCGAGACGAUUGUGCACGAGUGUGGGGGGCCAGGCGCUGCGAGGGUGUUGUUCAAGGGCAAGAUUGUUGGUGUUGAGCGGUCGCUGAGGCAGGGGUAUGUCUAUGGAGAGUGCAUCAUUGAAGGGGGUGAGGUGGGUGAUCCCGAUGCGAGCAGCCCGGGUGGUGGUCGUAGUGAAGGACCUACUAGUACUGCCGGACAGUUCAGGGGGCGCAUCAAGAUCCCCUUCAAGAACGAGAACAUCGCCGCCGUCCGGGUGCCCGACGAUGCUAGAGACGGGGAGCUGGAGAGACAAGAGGACGUGCUGGCCAUCGUGCCGGACCUGAUCUGCGUCAUAGACGCGCAGAGCGGGGAGGCUGUCGGCACGCCCGAGUAUCGGUACGGUCUGCUGGUCAUUGUCUUGGGCAUUGCGGCGUCAGAGAAGUGGACCAGUACACUAAGGGGCAUAGAGCUCGGGGGUCCGAAGGCGUUUGGGUUCGAGCACCUAAACUACCAGCCACUGGGCAGGUUCGUCAAGCCGGUGAGCGUCAUCGAUGAGUUCGACGGAGCAUCGGCAUAA